AAUCGGCCGGACACGCGCGUCACCAACCACCGCCAGCUGACUUUGUUUACGCCGCGGCCGCCGCCCAGCCUGAGUGUGUCUCUGGCCCGCCCCGCCACUGCUGGACUGAAUAACAAUGACAGUACGGACAUCAUAUUGGAGUAACAACGUGAGAGCGUUAAAAGUGCUGUCGUAUCAUAGUUUUACAGCCCCGUUGUUUCAUCGAGUGGCUCAGGGAACAUGUCUGAGCGCUGAGUGGCCACUGUAAUCGUUUUCGCAUAGCCCUUUCAACUUGACGCAUCGCAGUUACUUUACCUUUUGUAUCAAACGUCAUUCACCAUCUAUAAGUGAGACCAUUGGGCGCCCUGCAGUGAGGUUUAUGUCUGUAAACACAUGUUGAGAACCCAAUCCAUCACUUUAUAACCCUGUAACCCGAGCACGGACACGAGCCUGCCUCACGCCUAGGGGUAUUAGGUGUCAUAUAGCCUGCAGAGAUGGAAGACAAGGAGGAUGUGGCAAGUGAUGAAGCGGUCAUGUGGCAGCCAAGGGACUACUAUGACCCUCUCCCAGAGCUGCCAUAUGCUGUCAUCCUGCUGAACAAGGGUAUCACCAAGGCCAACGUGGGGAAUGUGAGGCAGUGGUGGUGCAGUGCACACUUGCGAGUCUGCGUGGAUGGCGCCACAAAUGAAUUCCACCACCUGAUGCACCAACAGCAAGAAUCCACAACAGCCUCACCACUAGUUUCCUGCCCUCUGCCAGACGUGAUAUCAGGGGAUUUUGACUCGGCCCUACCAGACCUGCUCAAGAUAUAUGCUACCAAGGGUGUUCGGAUUGUACCCACACCAGACCAGGAUGAGACGGAUUUCACCAAGGCGCUAUGGGUGCUGACUGGCCUACUAGAGGAACAACAAACUGCUGUGAGUCACAUCCUGGUGGUGGCUGGCUCAGAUGACAAUCGAUUCGACCAUAUUAUGGGAAUUGUGGCAACUCUCUACAAGGCAUGUGAGACCAUGUCUUCCCCGGUGGUGGUAGUGAGUGGGGGAAGUCUCUUCUGGGUGCUAAGGGCUGGCCAGCACAGCAUCAGAGUGCCAGGGGAGUCGUGCCACCACCCCUCAGCCAGCUGGUGUGGCCUGGUGCCCGUGGGUCACCCAGCCACUGUCACCACCACUGGCCUCAAGUGGAAUGUUGAUCACCAGACACUUGCCUUUGGUCGGCUGGUCAGCACCUCAAACACCUAUAACCUUCCUCCUGGUGGUGGGGAGGUGACUGUGACCACCUCUGCCCCCAUCCUUUGGACCAUGGGCUGGAAAGCUGAACCAGCUCAGCCAAGUCUCUCCCUACCAGAACACCCCAACAUGCUGAAUGGUUCUUUGGACAAAAUGUGAAUGGAAGACAGCCACAGAAGAGGAACUCAUGGUCAGUGCUAGUCAUGUUCUCAGAAGUAGAGGGAUGGUUGUUCCGAAUCUACGAGACUCAUCGCUACCCCCGUCCUUGAGAUCCUCCGUGCCCCCUGCACCGUGGAGACACCAGCCAAGCCAUUCCCUGCCUUAAGUCCCCAGCUCUGCCGUAUUACCAAACACCAGGAAGCAUCAUAGCUUUUGGACCACACAAGUAAAAGAUAUCUAGAUGUGUUUUGUUUAUUUUUUUCUUCUUCUUCAAAGUGUAUUUAUCUUGUAUAUUUUUGUAAAAGCCAAGUUCAUGUAAAAAUUGACUCUGCUUAGGCUAUAAAUUAUUCUGUCAAGGAAUAAAUUCAACAAAUAUAACACUAGAAAAACUAUCAAUGUCAAAUUCCUAAACUUCACCUUAUUUUAUUAGAUUUUCACAAGAAUAUAUACAGUAGACUUCCAAUGGUCUCAGUAAAUAUGUUUGAGUUUAUUUUGUUGGCUAUCUGCUUCCUGCAUCAGUCACUAAUCAGGGCCACUGUACUUACCCAUUCACACAUCUUGUUGCCCAGCCUUUGAUGUUGGCAAUCAUCACUCAACUGAUUUGGACACUCCACAGUCCACCGAAGAUCUGAGACAGCUAUUGGCCUUCAAAUUAGCAAGGAAGGGCAUCCUUGUUUCAUCCAUUCUACCCCUUAUUUUUCAAUAGAAAUUCCUCCCACUCCAGACUGACUUUGCUUCAAUGCUAUCAUUUCUUCUCCAUAUUUACCCUCUGUUGUUUUAGGUCAUGCCUGUUUUCUGCAUCAUAAGGAAUUAUAUCUGUUUAGACUUGUUCUGUUCAUUCUAUAUCAAUACCAUAUACCUUAUUUAUUUAGCAGCCAUUCCUCUAUUUGCAUGUUUCAAGCUCUACAAUCUUCACCAAAUUCCUUGCCCUCUCCAUCCAAGAACUAUUGUCUGUGCCUUAGGAUAUCAAUUUUUACUGCCAUGUUCAUGCCCAAACCACAUAGCAAUAUCAAUCCUGGCUCACAACACUUAAAGCCCUUGCUGUUUUCACAUCUGAAUAUACCUGCUCUCUACUCAUCAUCAACUUCACUGGAAUAAUUUUUUUCUGUAUCUUUACAAGUGUGGAUGUUGUCUAGAUCUUAACAUGAUCACAAUAAAGUUUACUUACAGAAUGACUUCAAAGUUGAGCUACCAAACACCAUGAACGUUCAUUCAUUCAUUCAUCAAAAAUGUGGUUAGGUGCAUGGUCCAUCAAUUUGCAAAGUGGACAUUAGAAAUUUAAAAACAUGCUUUUAAGUAGUUUCCAUUUAGGUUUAUAAGUUUAGUUUUUGUAAUUAUUUCUUGCAGUUUUAUCCAGAAAAUAAAAACCAACCAACAAAUGUCAGUUUAAGACAGUAGAAACAAACAUUUCUGUGUGCCAUGUAUAAAGUUUAAGAUGCUUUGGGUGAGGUGUGAUGUAAACAAGUUAGUGAAGAUCCAGCAGAAUCAUUUUAACAUAAUCCAGUUAGUCCACAUAGUAGAAAAAAUAAUUUUAAAUAAAUAAACAUCACUCUAGGCACCAGCUCCAUCAAGGUUAGUUUUUGCUUCAUACAUCACAGACGAGCCAAGAAAACAAAUAUUUAUGUACAUAUUUUCUUUUAAUUUGUAAAUUCUUUAUACAAAUGACUAAGGGGAGAUUGACAAGCAGCCUCUUUUAUGUACACAGCAGACAAUGAUAUAAAGCUCUGAUUUACGAA